CUUGGACUCUCUCUCUCUCUCUCGAUCGCUCGCUCGCUACGCAGCACUCUCGCCCGCCCCCCCCUCUCUGCACAGCACGAAUGGUUGCAGGGCAUUAAUCGGUGAAGGGAGACAAACACAGUUGAGUGUUGCAGAUGGGGAUGGGUCAACUGAUUUUAUUAUACGUGGUCAUGGGCUCUUUUCUGUGCUGUUAUUAGGCACUGUUUGUAUGACUGGGUUAUUAGAUCAGGCACACAGGCAUUCUGCUUGGACCUAAUCUCACUCAGAAUGCCUGACAGUAAGGCUACAAUUGGCCUUACAUGGGAACCAAAGUUACCCUCACUCUCAUCUGGAAUACAAAAUGGGUCUGAGAAACUGCAAAAGCUACCUGAAAGUGUGACAUGGAAGCCUGACAUUGAUCUUGUUGAUGGACUAUUUGUUCCACCCAAUGACCCCAGGAAGUUGAACAAGUUGAUGCAGAAACAAGUGAAAGAUACGGCUGGUAAAAAUUGGUUUGAGAUGCCUGCCCCAACUAUCACACCGGAGAUAAAGAAAGAUCUUCAGAUUCUUAAGUUGAGGAAUGUUAUGGAUCCUAAAAGGCACUACAAAAAGGGAGACUUAAAAUCAAAGGCACUCCCCAAGUAUUUCCAGGUGGGCACCGUAAUUGAAUCUGCAUCAGAUUUCUUCUCAGGAAGGCUCACUAAGAAGGAAAGGAAGGCAACACUUGCAGAUGAGCUGCUUUCAGAUCAUUCCCUUAGGGAGUACAGGAAACGCAAAGUUAGGGAGAUUGAGGAGCAGAACCGUUCAGUUGGGGUUGAGAAAUGGAAGAUCAAGGGUAAGCAAUCGUGGAAACGUGCAAAGCAAAGAAGGCAUGAUUAAGUGCCUCCAAGCACUAGAAUGCCUGUUCCAAUAUGCUCAUUUACAUCCUACGAUUUUUGUUACUUGUGAGUUGUGAAAGGAAAAUAUCCGAAUUUCAUUUCUUGUGUCAACUACUCUCAUUUCUAGACGUAUUCCAAAUCUGGCACGAGCUCUUGCAGCAUCAGAUGAUGUGAGGAAACAAGAUUCCAUCAAUCUUCCAGAUAAAAAUACGGUAAUUCAAACAGGCCUGAUAGAUUUUCAUGAUCUUGGUUCAAUUUGUCCAUGUACUUGUAAACUCCUAGGCUUGAAUUGAUAACUGACAUAAUGAAGCCCGAGAAAGAGAAACCUGGUGACUACGCCUGAUACCUGAGUUUUGGCCCA